GACACGCACGGGAGAGGAAGCCACGCUCCCCAAACCCUUCGCCCAGCCAGUUCCCAUUAAAAAAAAGACCCAAACCCCACAAAUCCAUCCCGGCCGACCGCCGCCGCCGCCGUUGCCACCCCCACCGCCAUGAAUCCGGCAUGCGCGGAGGCAGCAGCCGCCAAGAAGUCCCGGCACAAGGACAAGAAGGAGAAGAAAAACAAGCGCAAAGACACCGCGGAGCACCUCGGCGGCGAGCCCGCGACGGCCGACGAGGAAGCCGUCCACAAGAAGAAGAAGAAGAAGAAGCACGCGAAGGAGGAGGAGGAGGCGGAUCCGAAGGGGAAGCCGACGGUGAGCAUCGCCGUCGCCGGUUCCGUCAUCGACAACGCCCAGUCCCUCGAGCUUGCCACCCUCCUGGCCGGUCAGAUAGCCCGCGCGGCGGCCGUAUUCCGCAUCGACGAGAUCGUUGUCUUCGACAGCAGCCCACCUGCGGAGAACGGCGGCGGCGGUGCCGAAGACGAAGAGGAGAGCGGUGCGCGGUUCCUCGUUCGCAUACUGGAGUAUCUGGAGACGCCGCAGUACCUGCGCCGCCGUCUCUUCCCAAUGCACAAGAACUUUAAAUAUGUGGGGUUGCUUCCGCCGCUGGACGCGCCGCACCAUGUGCGCAAGCAUGAGUGGUCUGAAUUUCGUGAAGGUGUAACAUUGGGCGGGGAUCGUUCAAAGGGUACACUUGUUGAUGUUGGGUUAAGUCAGAACGUUCUGGUUGAGCAAAUCCUAGAACAAGGAAAAAGGGUAACUGUAGCCAUGGGAACCAACAGAGACCUUACACCAGCUUGUAUAAGGAAAGUCGUUCCUCCGUCCUCACCCAGCGAAGAAAUGGGAUCAUAUUGGGGCUAUAAAGUCCGCUAUGCUUCAAAUUUAAGUGGUGUUAUCAAUGAUUCACCAUACAAGGAAGGAUAUGAUCAUAUCAUUGGCACUUCUGAGCAUGGUGAAACCAUUAUUUCAUCUGAGCUAAUCUUACCUUCAUUCAGGCACCUUUUAAUUGCGUUUGGUGGACUGGCUGGGCUGGAAGAAAGCAUCGAAGAGGACCCAAAUCUGAAUGGCAAAGGUGCAAAUGAUGUAUUCGCAUCUUAUUUUAAUACAUGCCCCAACCAAGGUAGCAGAACAAUAAGGACAGAGGAGGCACUUCUCAUAUCCCUUCAGUACUUCCAAGACCCCAUCAGGCGAGCAGGGAUGUCGAAUUAGAAGGUUUUAUGCAGACACAUGCAAAUACAACAUUGCGCUUACCAAAGGAUUGGCUUUAAUGCUUGGAAUAGACAUGGAAGAUGCACCUUGGGUUUGUUUUUGAUGGUCAAUCGCUGGAUUGUACUCCCUCUGUAAACUAAUAUAAGAGCAUUUAGAUCACUAUUUUAGUAUUCUAAACGCUCUUAUAUUAGUUUACGGAGGGAGUAGCACCUACGGGUUUUCUGCUCGGGUCAAGCACUGUAAAGCAAAGAGGAGGUGCAAGAAUAGGUGAUAGCUUUAACUUCUAUUUUGAAACAGGCAAGGCACACAUUUUCAUUAUUAAGAAGAGAAUUUGCCUGGUUAAUUAGAGGAAAACUGGGCAAAAGCCAAGAUAGCUUGAACAUUGAUGCUAGCAUUGGUAGAGUUUUCUUAAGGGGGCAUUGAUAGAGUUGAGAAGAUCAGUGCCACACAAAAGAGUUUAGAGAGGGAGCAUAAUUAUCGUCGGUGAUUUGUUUUCUUUGCUCCAAAUUGGCUGAAUUGAGUGUUCUGUUUUAUUUGCUCCAAGUUGUCUUAUCUGUGGUGUAUCGCCUAUUUAUUCACACCUGGCAACUUCGUACCACUGUAUCAAGCUUCAGUUUACUGUA